CAGAGAGUACAUAUAACGCCAUGAGUCAACUUCUCACGUCGCGGCAGGCGGAGGAGCUACACAAAGGAAUAAUCGCCUACCUCACCUCUGUGAAUUUACACCACAGCUCCGCCGCUUUACGAGAAGAACUAGGCGACUCGAUUAGAGUCGACGAUACCACACUAAAGAAAUAUGAAGGCCUCUUGGAGAAGAAAUGGACGAGCGUAGUCCGGUUACAGAAAAAGAUUAUGGAUUUGGAAGCACGAUGCGCUUCACUCCAGUCUGAGCUGGAUACCGCAACCCCGACCUCUCUGAAUCGCAAAAACCAAGACCCAGUCUCCUGGCUGCCUCGCGCACCUGCGCGCCAUGACCUCGAAUCGCACCGCUCGCCAGUAUCGUGUCUCGCUUUCCAUCCAAUAUUCUCUUCCUUGGCCUCCGGCUCAGAUGAUACCACAAUCAAGAUCUGGGACUGGGAGUUGGGUGAACUAGAACGCACAAUCAAAGGACAUACCAGGGCAGUGUUGGACGUCGACUAUGGAGGCCCGCGCGGGGGGCACACUUCUUGCAUCAUGCUCAACAUCCGGACGCUACCAGGGCACGACCACAGUGUUUCAGCAGUUCGGUUCAUUCCAUCCGGAGCUGCAGGGUCUCCCAUGUCAGGAAACCUGCUUGUCUCGGCCUCUCGCGAUCUCACACUGCGCAUAUGGGAUGUCACAACCGGAUAUUGUGUCAAAUCCAUGCAGGGCCAUGGAGACUGGAUUCGAGAUGUUACACCGUCCCCAGACGGCCGGUUCCUCUUCUCCGGUGGAGAUGACCGAGUUGCACGUCUGUGGGAUAUCUCAUCUGGUGAUACCAAAUCAACAUUCCUGGGCCAUGAGCACUAUAUCGAGUGUGUGGCCUUUGCUCCGCCAACAAGCUACCCUCACUUCGCAGCUCUUGCGGGGCUAAAGAAGCCACCACCAGCAUCGUCGUCCGCCGAGUUUGUGGCUACUGGUUCUCGCGAUAAGACCAUCCGUCUAUGGGAUACCCGCGGAAACUGCAUCAAGACCCUUGUUGGCCACGACAACUGGGUCCGCUCAUUGGUCUUCCAUCCCGGUGGAAAAUACCUUCUCUCAGUAUCUGACGACAAGACCUUGCGGUGCUGGGAUCUCACGCAAGAAUGUAAGUGUGUGCGCACGAUUGUGGCCCACGGCCACUUUAUCAGUUCGCUUCGGUGGGCGCCGCCUUUGGUUAAGGACGCUGGUGCAAAUGAGGGUGCGAACGGUACCGAGGUUGCGUCUAACGGGGCGAAAGAAGACGCGACAAAGAUGUCAAUUCGAUGUGUUCUGGCGACUGGCAGUGUUGAUCUCAAGGUUCGGGUCUUCGCGGCAUGA